UAUAAAGGGUAGUAUUUACAAUGCCCCGUUUUGAAUCCGACAUGGUUAAUGCUAAUAAUACGUCAUAUGUUGCGGACGAUGGAGGUGUUUCCGGUCCUAUAACCUGGGACGAUGCCACAUGGAUCCUUACCAGUUCUUUCAUCAUUUUUACUAUGCAAUCAGGGUUCGGUCUUCUAGAAGCCGGGUCCGUUGCUGGUAAGAAUGAGGUUAAUAUCAUGAUGAAGAAUGUCGUUGAUGUGGUUUUUGGAGGAAUAACAUAUUGGAUGUUUGGUUAUGGGUUUAGUUUUGGAGAGGAAAAGGGUACAAAUGCGUUUACAGGGGUUGGAUCUUUUUUCGUUGACACAGAUGGCGAGGAUAUGGGAAUUAUCUACUCCACCUUUGUGUUUCAGUUGUCCUUUGCGACUACAGCAACGACUGUUGUGUCUGGAUCCAUGGCAGAACGAACUAAGUUUUCAGCUUAUAUAAUAUUCUCUGUGUUCAAUACCGUAGUGUACUGUUUCCCUGCUCAUUGGGUGUGGGGAAAUAAAGGAUUUCUACGCGAGCUGGGUGUAGUGGAUUUUGCUGGGUCUGGCGUAGUUCAUCUUGUGGGUGGCGCCUCUGCCCUUGUUGCUGCUACGUAUCUUAAGCCACGUAUGGGCAGAUUUGACAAAGACAGAAAAAGUUUCGCCAUGAAUAAUCCUGCUGGUGCUAUAGUGGGAAUGUUUAUGUUAUGGUGGGGUUGGUUGGCAUUUAAUUGUGGAAGCACAUUUGGAAUAUCUGGUGGUAAAUGGAAAUUGGCAGCAAAAGCGGCUGUGACGACAUUGAUUUCAUCAUUUGCUGGUGGAAUGGUUGGUAUUUUACUCAGUGUCAUUAUAUACAAGAAGAAAUAUUCAGUAGAAUACAUGAUCAACUCUAUACUGGGAGCUCUUGUGGCUAUAACAGCAAGUUGUGCCAUUGUUCGACCAUGGGAAUCACUAAUUAUCGGUGCUGUUGGUGCUGUGGUGUCUUUAGGAGGAAAUAAAUUGGUUGAAGUGUGUAAAGUUGAUGAUCCCGUAGGAGCUGUUGGCGUCCAUGGUGGAUCUGGAUUAUGGGGAUUAUUGGCUGUUGGAAUUUUUGCCGCGGCAGACCCACAGGAACAAAUAACUCAAGGGCGAGCUGGCCUGGUUCAUGGUGGUGGAUUUUAUCUACUGGGUGUCCAAUGUCUGUGUUCUGUUUGUGAAAUAGUCUGGAGUGGAUUGAUCACUCUCUUUAUUCUAUUUGUGAUUGAUAAACUAGUUGGGUUGAGAAUGAGUCGAGAAGAUGAGAUGCUUGGCGCGGAUUUAACGGAACAUGAAGUGGGCUCGUGGCCGGCAGAGAGUAUGCAUAAAGACAAAUGUGACACUACUAACACCGUGCGGCGUGGGUCGCAUAUUAUGAUAGGCGAUCUUACUAUUCCAGUGUCGAAACUAAGAGACAAUUCAAAUCGAAACAUUUUCAAAAGAGACACUUUUAGAAAAUCGAAAGUAGCAACAAUUGAUAAUGAUAAAUUCGUUGGACAAAAUGGAUCCAAUGUGGAAACUGAAGUAGACAACAAUAACGAUAACCAAAAUGAAGUGUCUUUACAUUUAUAACAUCUACGCAAUCCCUCAUCAAAGCGUCCAUAAUGAAAAUACUUGGCGGACAUUGAAGCUGCAUCUACAUAAGGCCUAGAACUCUUGCUUUGCGACUACCGGUAUCUAAGUAAAUGACUCUAAAAUGUCACUUCCAGGUGACAUCAUGUGCUGUAUGUGAAUUCAAACCUGACCUGUACGAAGCUUUGGUCACAUUUUUUUGUAACCCUAUAAACCAGAAAGUUCCUUUCCGUGUUUAUAAUAGGCUAUAAAAUACGUCGUUUUAAUAUUUAGAGUCGUAGACGGUUCUUCUCGAGACAAGAGUUAAACUAAUGCAGCACUAAUCCACGCCAUCUCUCCUGUUCGGUUGUUUGUGUUUUAACCCAGAUGAUGUGACAAAUUUAAGCUUCGUAUUGAGCAAUUACGUUUUAUUCGGUGUACUAGUUUAUUAAUACACUUAAGAACUAUGUUAAUUAUGUGCAGAUCUUACCACUACAAGUAGCUGUGCUUUCAUUGGUUUGUACGCUAUGAUUACGGACCAAUUAGUAGUAAAAAUGAAAAUAUUAGAUAAUUAUUGCAAGGGUUCCUUCGGGGGAGUGAAAUCAACUAACAAAUAUAUUUUGAAAAUAUGUAGACGUUGUCCUACAAUUUAUUAAAAAUGAUAUUACUGUUAAUUAUGUUUCCCCGGCAUAUACAUGUAUAUGGGUCUAGUUAACGAAAUAAGUUACUCAUGACACUAACACCGUACAUUCUGCACUAAGAGAACUGUGUACUUUGAGAAUAGAUACUUGUCAACAUUCUCAAAGUAUACUUUACAAUGCUUACAACUAAUAUCGCCGAUUGGGAAAUUAAAAUGUCUGUCAACCAGUUUAGUGGCAGCGUAAAUUUAGUAUGUAAUGAAGUAUUGAGGUCAUAAACGUUUUUAAAUUAAUUGUUCGUGUAAUAAAACAGUGGCACCCAAUAGUGUUGCAUAAUAUGUUACAAUUUUAUAACUUAUAAGAUAAUAUCUUUGUUAUUUAGUAGCCCACGAGAAACAGAUAAUUUUUAUAUCAUAGCAUAUUGUUAUGAAGAGUUUGCUGAUAUGCAAGAUGUGUGACUGUAGAGGUUAUCAUCACGUUUAUUAUGUGGUCAUUAUUAAUUCUUUUAGAUCUCAUUUUCUUGUUUUCAAUAAGCAAUUGAUGUAGCAGUGGCAAUAUUUUAUAACCUUUUAGUUUCUUUUUGAAAGCAAUGAAUAAUCGAAUUUAAGUUAAAACGUUUAGAUAUCGUUGUUGUUGUUGUUUUUUGUUAAAGUGCACAUAAGAUGGGUUUUGGAACUUUUGGAUAUGUGUAGCCAAUGGUUACUAUAUCAACUUUACGGCAAGUUCACACCAAUCUAAUUGAAAUUAAUUCAGUUAU